CCCGGCCCAGACUCCAUUUAUUUAAAGGCUACUCAGGUGUGAGUUAGUCCUGGACACCCAAGAUGAGACUCGGCCCGGUUCUGCUCUGCUUGGUCCCCUGGAUGACCUCCGUCCUCUCAGCUCAGAGGAGCGCUUCCAACUGCUGCCCCGGCUUGUCCAACACCAUUGUGCCUCUGAAGAACAUCCUCAACUACACCGUCCAGCCCGUGGGGGUGUGCGCCAUCAGAGCCGUAGUGUUGUACACUCGAGGCAGAAAAAGAAUUUGUGCAGACCCUAACAUAUGUUGGACACAGAAUGCCAUGUUGAAAGUGGAUGGAGGAGUUAAUACCAAGUCAACAAGUGGCAGUGGGACAUCACCACCCUGCACCAGGCGGAAAAAAGGACGCAAGGGGAGACAGAGGAGGCGUCGGCAAAAAACAGCCAAGAAAAUACAAUAAACUAAUGUCCUGUAAUAUCACUUUGUCUGUAAAAAAAUGCUUAUGUUUACAUAAAAACUAAUAAAUACCUCAAUUGUG